GGGGGAGGGAGUCUGCUCACCGAAGACUAAGACUGUGGGUCGCAAAACCCAUUGCGAACCAUCGCCUCAUGUCAAGAGCCGCAAUAAAAACACAUAAAUGUUAUCAACAGUUUAACAUCUCUCCCUCAUCCAAGGAAGCCAAUAUUCCUCCUCAUAACUUCAUUGAUUUUGGAUUCCGAAUUCCAAGUUUAUUCAAUGAACCUCAUCGCAGACCAAUUGAUUCACUACUGCUACUGUACGUAUUUGUCAUUCUGGAACCUUAGAAUCCAGGCACACAACCCACACAUGUACUUUGUCAGUCCAUUGUGUCCAACUCCGAACCCAGCCCGAAAUGAACAAAUCAAAAGCAGAUGUAAGCGAUCUAUGGAUACAGCACCAGCGCAGAAACACAAAAUCAACUAAGUCUUGGGCCUGCAUAUAUUGUCCGGAGCGCAGGAUUUGUCUUUCCGAAACAGACCUGUGGAACCAUGCAGAAAAGGAGCAUCAGGAUAAGAUUCCAUCGGAUCAAGAGGAACUUGAUCGAUUUCGAAAAUCAUAUGAGAGCAACAGCGCACUGAAGAGACCGACGAAAGAUGGUCCUCAAUCACGGAAACCGUCAAAUAAUGAGGCUGUCGCUACUCAAGCAGACACAUUGUCUCCACACUUACAGUCUAAGAGACCCCUAAACUCACCCCAGCCCACUCGAUCGCUUUCUGGCCUUCAGGCUUUGAACCUGGGAUCAAAUGAGGAUAAUACGGUGGAGGACGAGGAAACCACAACAGAUCAGCCACGCAAAAGAGCUGCCGUCGGAGAUGGUAUAUCAGCAGGUUCAGCAUCGCCAUUCCGCGAAAACUCAGGUUCACCCCCACCACGAAGAUCUUUAGCUCGACCGACUUCUGGACCAAUUUCCGCAGAAGACACGGAGACUCGGCGACAGGCAACCAAGGGACAACUGUGGACUCCGGAUCAAAACUCCCCAUUCACGAGGUCAUCCUUUGAUCCCUCCAACAUUGCUUCGAUCCAAGCCUCAAGAUCUCGAGCUCAAGCGUACAGACCGGCGAAUCGAAGAACCGCGAAACCAUCUACUCCUCAAAGUACAUCUCGAUCAGCACCACAAACAAACCACCAUCAGCAGCAACAACAACACCAUAAUCAUGCUCAGGCCAAUACCCCAUCCGCAAUCUUACCCAAUAGGACUGUGCCGGAAAUUGAUUCAAGACCCCAAAGCGAAGAGUAUAAUAUUAUUCUUCAGCCAGAGACAAGGCCCAUCUCUCAAGAGCAACUUGUAGCAGAGGUUAAAGGCAUAUAUGCUGGACUUGUAAUGGUUGAAGCCAAGUGUAUCGAGGUUGAUAACAAGCAAGCCACGCUUGUGCAGGGUGAUCCUCCCACACAACCAAGGCUUAACAAUGAGCAAUGGCAAGCCCUCAUUGCGUUGCAUCGCACUUUGCUUCACGAGCAUCAUGACUUUUUCCUAGCCUCUCAACAUCCAUCUGCUAGUCCUGCUUUACGUAGACUAGCAUCAAAAUAUGCUAUGCCUGCUAGAAUGUGGCGGCAUGGUAUUCAUUCAUUCUUAGAAUUGCUUAGACAUCGACUACCUGCUUCGCUUGACCACAUGCUUGCAUUCAUAUAUUUAGCAUAUUCGAUGAUGGCACUGUUGUACGAAACGGUACCGGCUUUCGAAGAUACUUGGAUCGAGUGUUUGGGAGAUCUAGGAAGAUACAGAAUGGCCAUUGAAGAUGAUGAUAUCAGAGAUAGAGAGGUUUGGACUGGUGUCGCACGUCAUUGGUAUUCAAAGGCCUCCGAUAAAGCUCCAACGACCGGUAGGCUAUAUCACCACCUUGCUAUUCUAGCACGCCCAAAUGCUCUACAACAACUGUAUUACUAUGCAAAAUCUUUGUGUGUUGUAGUACCCUUCACCUCUGCACGAGAAUCGAUACUUACACUCUUCGACCCUGUCCUUCAUGCUGAGAAUGGACAUGGGCAAUAUCGAUUGCCGCCUUUAGAUACUGCAUUUAUCCGAGCUCAUGGACAUUUGUUUACAAACAGGGCAAUAGAGAGAUUUGAACCCGCAGUACAAGAGUUCCUCGCAUUGCUUGAUAGCCAAAUUGGUCGAGUAACCAAAAAAUUUAUGGAGCAAGGCUGUCACAUUGCUAUCUCCAACAACGUUGCAAUGUUAGGUUUUGCGUCUAAAGAGAAUCCUCUUAUGGUAGCUAUUGCGCCUUCUCCAGCUAAAGAGGCCGACGUUGAUAUGGAUGAGUCUCUGGACGAAUCUUCCCCUUCUAUGAUAGCAUUCAGGCACGCACAGAACCUCACUUAUUCUACCUUGGAGAUCGUAUUGCAAAGAAUAGGCGAUCCGAAUGUUCUUCCCUUUAUUCAUGUUUCUCUUGUUUUCUUGUUUCGCAUGUCUCAAUUUUCGGGUGCAAUGGAUCUUUUGGCACCGGCGUUUCCAUGGCAAUCUCUAGCAAUCAUGCUCAAUACGUUACUCAAAUCUUACAAGUCCCUCAGCCGUAUUGAGGGUGAUAAUUUCCCACUACCAGAGAAGGAUGACGUCCGGCCUUUUCCCGAAGACUACGGAAUGCGCGGGUUAUUAUGGUCAGAAAAAUACUUUCCCGAAAAAUGGUUUCUCAAUGAGAAAACUGAUGAAGAAGAGAAAUAUCACGAGCUUGCAUCUAUGCUCGAGCAAAGAAAAGAACGCAUACUGUGGUUAGCUUGUCGCAUUGCUGAUGCUGGCCCAUGGAUCACCUUCGAUAGUUCCAAGCCAGAAUUUUCUGUCCCGGGUAGUGAUGCAGAGUUGGAAUUUUCAAAAUUUCGAUCCAUGACCUUUGCUUCAGCAACUACUAAUGCUAGCCUUCCAAGAACAGAAACUUGGUCAACUGUAGAAACCAAUCUUGAUGCUGAAGAAGACAUGUCGUCUGCCACGAUGACUGCGGCAGAUACAUCUCCAAAAGAUUGAGUAGCAGAAGCAAGGAUAGCAAUCAAAAUCCGAGCAAGCCACAGUACUGGGAGGACAUUAUACAAGAUUGAUGAUGAUAGUACUCUAGCAAACUGUUGGUAUGCGCUACCGCAACGUAACUUCAGAAGUACGUUGAGCCUGAUGAUAUGUGCAGAUUACUUCAUGAGAAGUCAUUCAACACACUCCUGAGAUACAAGGAAUAUAUCAGUGCCCAGAGAGUGGUCUUCGCGGACACUUUCUGUGAACGGUGGUGGUGGUACAAGCUUUCAGAUAUCCAAAUAACAUGUGGUAUUUUAUUUGGUGUCGGGACGGGGGAUUUGAUUUAAUUCAUGAUCCAAAUAUCGAAGCAUGCUGAGAUGAUCAUCUUCAAUCUCCUAUGAGCAUAAACAUAUCAUACGUUUGUUUCCUUUUUCGAUUCUUCUUUUCAGUCUUCUUGGCUCUGGCUAUUGAGACUGGUUUCUCAUAUUUCAAUUGUAAUGCAGACAUGAGAAUCACGAUUGAUGAAUUUACAUAUUGAUAGGUUUUGAAAUUUGGUGAAAAGAUUUUGACAAGCAACCCUACGCAGCAUGAACCCAAAUAAAAUAGCUUCAAAUUUAUCUAUCAAGGAUGUAGGAUGAUACAAGGGCACCCAAAGCAACACCGUCCUUGCAAUAAUCUCACCCGAAUCACGGAACACCAAAUGCGAAGUUUAGACCGAAGUAUCAACCGAUGAGGCAAACCCGGUUAAUCGGCUGAUUCGGAUAAUUUGUGCUUAACCGAGUGGAACCAUUUUCACCAAAUCUAUCAUUUUACAUACAUUAGCUCAAUUUAUAGUUAAAGAUGUACCACCAAAAAUUUCUUCUUUAUAGUAGGCAGCAAUGAUAGUUGACUCGAGUUGCAUUAAACUCCUCCAAUCCUCUACCCACAAGUUAUAUGUUUAAUCUUGUUGGAGGACGAUGGCACCUCGAAUCCUAGUCUAUUUAUCUAUUGGGCUUUAAAUGACGUGGUGCAUGUACACUAUAGAAUAGCUCGAUAGCCUAAUCAUCGCACUUUUUAUUGGGGCAAAAAACA